CAACGCCUCGUACACAAUGUGCUGUAUGGAUUUCUGAAAAUCUCGCGAUCAGGCGACGCCAGGACUACAACGGACGCUUUCCAGACAGGGAUCGCGGACGAUCCUGAUCGUGGGUCAGUGUUGGGACGAAGAUCAUACAUUGACGACAUCAUGAUCGCAGCAGAAUCAGUGGAAGAUCUGUUGGAGGCUUGUGAUAAGCGGAAUUUAUCGAUCAGUGUGGUGAAGAGCUUCUGGAGCAUGGAUAAGGUAGGAUAUCUGGGGCGCCGAGUGUCGCUCGGAGGUCUAGAGGCGAACCCAAAAGAUCUGAAAUCCCUGAGCGAUCUGCCAUUCCCCAGGUCACUUCGAUCCAUGCAGUCGUUCCUGGGUAGUUUGAAUUACUACAGCCGAUUCAUUGAUGACUACGCUAUUUACGCUUCGGUGCUACAUGAACUACGCGAGGUGGAGAUCGCAGAACUGGAGAAACGAUCAGAUGUAAGGAAGAUCAUGGACCAGAACGACCCGAUUGCACGAGAUAACAGCCCACUGGAGCUGCGGCUGGCGGAACCAUUAGAUGAUAGGUGGAUCAGGGCGCAUAGGGCUUUCACCACCCUGAAAACCAAGAUCGCGACGACCCCAAUUCUCCGCCACUUCGAUGAGACGAGAACGCCGGUAGUUAUUGUAUAUGCCAGUGAUUGGGCGAUAUCCACGUCGUUGACGCAAGAACACGACGGGAUCUACCAUCCGGUCGCGUUCGCCAGCCGUACCUUGAAGACGAACGAGUUGAAUUAUAAUGUGACGAAAAGGAGGAUCUUGGAUCUCUACUACAAUUUAUUAGUAGGACGCGAGAUCCGGGUCCUGACGAGGCAUUCCACGUUAGUCUGGCUGUUCAAGUCGACAGGAUUACAGGGUCGCCUAGGGCAAUGGUCAACCCACCUGGCCCCGUGGACUCUCGAGGUCACGAAGUGCACGAAGGGCAAGGACGAGAUACUGGGGGCGAUCGCCUCCAGCAUCAAGCUGAGGGCGAAUAUGGACGACGCUCUAACCAACAUCGCCCCUCGGAAGGAACCUAAACGCCGGAUCCAAACGCCGAUACUCACCGUGGAUCGAGAAGAGGAAUUAUGGGUGGUCAGUUGUGAUGGAUCAGCUCGAGUGAAGCAUGGCGGUGGCGCGUUCAGCGCGAUCGUGUGGAGUCUGCACGGAUGGGAGGUGGUCAAAGCUAGAUCGAGUUACCUCGAGAGUCUCGCCGUGAACGAGGCAGAAUACAACGGCCUGAUCCUGGGACUCGGCAUGCUAUAG